AUGGCCCCACUCGAUUUGAUCGCAGCAUUCUUCUUACGAGGUGCCAUGAGUGGAGGUCAAGAAGCAACCCCGAUGCUACGACGUAUACGUUCGCACUGUGCCGAGGCAGCAGAGCGUGCCCACAUUGGCUUGAAUGAGGAUGCCGUGGACGCAUUUCUUGAUACACUAGAUGAGUCGGAGUUUAGCGCUCUCAAGACGCAACAUGGAUUGCGCUUUCCUUUACGCUUUUCGUCCUUUAUGGAUCAGCUCAAUUUCGUUGCUGUGUUAGCGAUGCUCAAUGCCUUUUCUGGCUAUCGCGCCGCCUUUCACCAGGCGACAGGGCAUGGUGCCUUUGACUGUAUAAGAAAAAUCGUGCUGGGCAUGUACCUGUCAGCUGACGAGGGCGACUCGGCGCUUGAUACCCUAGCACUGGAACGUGUGACGCCAUCCACUUUCGCCCAGCUCCUGGGCGUGCCUACGCAUUCCGAGACACCCCAUCCAUCACUUCCAGGUGUGGUGGUGGGUACGAUCGGGGGACCUCUGCGUGAACCCUUCGAGAUGGCCGCCAAGAUGUCCGUGGAGACGGCUGCUUUCCUCAAAGCACGGCAGCACAAAAACCUGGCAUCGUAUGUAUGGGAGGUUUGUGAGCAAGCAUCUCGACACGAGCAUGUAGAAUCGUGCAUUGUCGAAGGUCUAGCCGAGGUGCCUGCUUUUUAUGACGCCCUAGAUUCACCGUAUCCCAUCCCGAUCAUGAAAAAGGCCCUAUUUCUAGUACGAGCCCUCCAAGGCCUGGUCCUAGACGCUGAGCCGCAUACAUUGCCACAACUGAUGCAAAUUCUCUCUGAGCGUUGGCGACAUGGUCUUGGUGAGCCCCUGCCCAUGUUUGUUGACAAUGUGAUUCCUACGAUGCUGAUUUACUUGGGCAUGUUGCAACUGGAGCACAGCUCCAUCCUAUCCACAUGGCAUCCAGCGCCACAGGACAGCGAUACGUCAGGGCCGCUUGUCAACCGCAGUGAUGCGUAUCAUGUGCGUGCCGCGGCGCUUGUGGCCGGCGCACGUAUUGUGGAACGAGCACGAACAUCAUCAACAUGGAUAUCAUCGAUCACUGAAGAGCAGCUAGAUGCGUACCUGUGGUCUAUGGCAAAACGACCCGAGUUCCGCUGUAUUUCACGUCUGGCUGAGCAGCAUACGGGUAUGUACUAG